ACAGCAGGGACAGAUCACAGAGAGAGCGUAUGACAAAUUCAAUAGUUUGUUAAAAGCGAGGCAGGGUUGUCACGGAAGGUAGAUCUGAUAGGCAGUGCAGCACAGUGGUGAGCGCUGACACUGACAGACGCUGUCCAUGGUGCUGUAGUACUGGAACGCGCUUUGUUUCAGCCCUGUGGAUCUAAGGCUCUGUUGUAGCUCUGAGGUGCUGCUCUGAUGUGCUGCUCUGAAGCAGUGCCUGUGUACGGGUGGGCUUGUAUUUCAGGAUUGAAUGUAAGUGCUUUGAUUCAGCGUUACGGGGCUCUUAUAGGAAGGUUGUUUUUCUCCCUGCACUCCGAACUACAUACUUACAAAGCUAACAGCUCUUUUGUAUGUUUCAAAGAACUCGGAAGGGCUGUAUACUGUGUAGUAAAAGGGACCUUUACGAAUGCCGACAGCUUGGCAUAUUCAAUACCUGUGUUACUGCACUGUUCGCUAGAAUGAUCCGAAGUGCAGCUGAUUGCUGAGAGUGAAGUGCCCGCAGCUUCUGAAAGCUGAAGUUAUUCGCUUUGAAAAUCGCUGUGAAGUAUAACGGCACGUAGAAAACGGGUGUUGUUGUUGGUAUAACUGAUAUACCCUUGGACUUUGGCAAAAGAAAAGACAACCAUGAAAUCAACCAGGCUAUACGUGAAGCUAACCAAAACGUCCUUGCUGCAACGGGAGCACGUUAUCUAUCAGCUUGAUUAAAACAAUCGUAUCGUUUAAAUACGACUCUCUUAACAAAGCAUUGUUUGUGGUGCCAUACAGCGGUCUGUUUUAUUCUUCAUGUCCAAAUGCUAAAGUUGUAAGUUCCACGGUGUGCUGUAGCUCUGCGGGACGUAGCGCAUUGGCUUCAUUCUGGUUGUCACAGUAAUCAAACUACGGCUGUGCAAGACUUGUAUUCCUCGGAGCGGAAGUCUGCGUGGAAGGAUGGCUCUUCUUGUUCAAGUAGCUUGUGUCCUCCUUUUAGCCCCCCCAUCGAUGGUCAGCCCAGCGGCCAUCAACCAUGAAGACUACCCGGCUGACGAGGGCGACCCUACCUCCAACAACAACGAUCUAAUCUUUGACGAUUACCGGGGGAAAGGGUGCGUGGAUGACAGUGGAUUUGUGUAUAAACUCGGGGAGCGCUUUUUCCCUGGUCACUCGAACUGCCCGUGCGUGUGUACAGAGGACGGGCCCGUGUGUGACCAGCCGGACUGCCCCAAAAUUCACCCCAAGUGCACCAAAGUGGAGCACAAUGGCUGCUGCCCCGAGUGCAAGGAAGUUAAAAACUUUUGUGAAUAUCGUGGGAAGACGUACAAAAUCCUGGAAGAAUUCAAGGUGUUUCACCUACAGGGAUCCCCGCUGACAGAGGAUGGGACUGAAUUACCUGUGACCUCCCCACAGCUGCAAUCAAGAACCGGACACUUUAGGCCCUCCCCCUGUGAGUGGUGCCGUUGUGAACCGAACAAUGAGGUCCACUGCGUAGUUGCUGACUGCGCCGUCCCGGAGUGUGUCAACCCCGUGUAUGAACCUGAACAGUGCUGCCCUGUGUGUAAAAACGGUAAGCAUCUGUUCAUUAUCCACCCUCCCACGGGAAAGCAUGCAGACCACAGAGAGGGAGCAAAAAGGUCCAAACUGCUUUGCUGGAACGACAAUAAUCCCAGCUGGGAUCGAAGUGAAGGUUGAUGAAUGCAACAUCUGUCACUGUCACAACGGAGACUGGUGGAAGCCAGCACAGUGUUCGAAACGCGAGUGCCAAAUCAAACAGAAUUCAUAGAAACACAGAGACAGAAAACACAGGCAGGGCACAGACACCUGUUCUGAUCCAGUGCAGUGAAACUCCUUCGCCAAGCUGAUUGAUGACCGCUGCUAAGGAUAUCAUUUACAUAUUUCUAAUAAAAGAAAAAAAAGUCACCCUCUGGGAAAAUAGCAGGACGCCCCGCCAAAACAGCUUGAUUUGUUUUGUAACUGUGCUGAUGCAGAAGUUUAACAGUAUGAUGUAAUCAGUAGAAAUGUGCAGAAACUUCCAAUUAUUAUUCUAACAUAUGCAUGCAUUUUAAGUUGAGGCCUACAGAAACUUACAGUAAAUAACGGAUUACAUUGCCCAGCAGGGUUCGUUUUGCCAUAUCAGAUUUUCACAGUUCCAUUCCAGAAACUUUUUUUUUUUAAUCUUGUGUCUCGUCUCUCCCCAGUAUAGAUAGAAAUUGGGUAGAUUACUGAUCUGGAGUCAAUUUUGUGAUACAAAUUUCAAAAUGGGAACCAAUAACAAAAUAAACAUAGUUGCAGCAAACCCACUGGGAAUAUCUCAAUUGGAAACUGUGACUUUAUUACAGACGACUGUUGUCUUGUAUGUAGUCCAUUCCCAAAGACCUAAUGCAUUGUUAAAGAUGACCCUGAAAUCACAGUGAUCACCUUGCAUCCCUCAAGGCGUAUUAUACAAAUGUUUCUUCACAAUUUCUCAAAUAACAAUAUACAUGAGCUUACACCUUCCUUUGCUUGAACAAAGUAUCAUCUUAGUCUAUGAAAGAAACCUUUGGACAAGUGUCUUCUUUAGUGGGGCCGUUUACAAAGCUUUGUAUUUUAAAUCUUGGGCAUUAAAGAAAGUUUGAUCAUCACUAAACUGUACGACUAGACUGUUGCUAAAGAAGCCAACAGCAGUCAAAUUGUGUUUCUUCUAAAACAAACGUUGAAAAAGCAUUCUUUAAAAGAGGUCAGGCUUUGUGAAUAAGGUUAUCAAGUAGAUUAAAACCCUAUAUAUGUUGUGCUAUUUACCAUCUUACAAAGAGCACUAUAUACAGUGCAGAGUCAAACAGUCCAAUACUGUACAAAUCCGUGUGGGUUUGGAUUUGGGAGUUGUUGUUAUAUCAUAUUGGCAGUUUAUCAAUUAAUCAAAGCUUUCUUCUUUUUUGUUCUGUUAGUUUUUACACUAGACUAGUAUACUGUUCUUAGUGGAAUUUUCAAAUUCAUUAAAGUAUUUGUACAAAAAAAAUACACCAAACUUUGCAGUUGAUGAUUUGUA